GUUUUACAAGAUUGSCUMAAAAARUCUGAAGGUUYCCCUAGGAAGACUGUUUCAGAAGAGAUAUGUUUUUCACACCACUGUUUUGAGUUGCUGGUGCUACAACUGUCGACGUACAACUGCUCCGAGAUAAGAUUUUCUUUUGAUAGAUCAACUAGAUGGUUGUAGUAUGCUGGAGGAUUAAAAGCAAUAUCGGCAGUUCAAUUCAAGAUUGAAGCACAUGAAGCGUUGAUGCUGUGAACCACUCAAAGGAAUUCUAAGCAUGUUGCUAGUAAUUAUCMUUGGGAUGGGCAUUUUGCCUCGAAUCAGUCAUCAAACUAACAAACUGGAUUUAAAUGUUGAGCUUCUUGGUCACGUGACUAAGGAAUCAAUGACAGCUAUCAUGUAUGCUGYAAACAAAACUACAUCAAGCACCUUACUCAACAUUAAAAUUCGACAGAUAUUUGUGGAUAUAGGACAAAGCAAUCUUUUCGAAUAUGUGGAUUCAAUCAAGAACAAAACGGUUGUCUUCGUUGAAGACCAGAAGGCCAGUCAUAAAUCAUGCAUACUAAGCGCCAUGACUCAAAGACCACUGAUUACAUUAGAAGGCAGACCACAUGACCUGCACAACAUUCCUCUCUGCCGUAAAGUUGUCUCUAUCUCUGCUGAUUCAGAUARUUACGAGCGCGCAACCAAGGAGAUCAUUACCAAGAACACGAAAUGGCAAAAAAYUAUUAUUCUGUAUGAAUUGGACGAGGCAACGCACGUGGCGCAUAUCCAACUCCAACUAGCGAAUGAAUUGUCGAGAAUUAGUCUUCUUCUAAUGGAAAAGCAGGGWAAUGAGACAGAUGAUCAGGUGGUUGAGAGGACCUGGAAAGACUUGAUUUUUAUGAAACCACAUGCAGUCAUUCCACUUGUGAAUGAURUGUACCUGAAAAGACUUCUUCAGAUGAAAACUUGUUCUUUGAAAGACCCUCUUACCUGGUUGAUUCAAGGCAAGUUUCCUCAUAAUCUGACGGACACGAAUACGGGAAUGAGCAGUAUUGUCAUCGCGUUUCAGCUACCGCUGAGCAAUAGUAGUGAUGUGGAAGAUUUAAAGAAAGUAGUCAUGGCUGAGAGUCCAGAAAAACGAGUCCAGGAGGAUACGUUUCUUGCAUAUGACGCUCUGAUGCUUAUUGCUAAGGCAAUGAUUAACGCAUCCACUGAUAGUCGCUGGAAUCAAUCUUUGACAAACGCUUCUGCAGCUACKAGAAACGAUGUAUUGUUAGAGCAUAUAUUAAAGACAAAAGUGACUGGCGUGACGGGURUAACGCAGAUCAAUCAACAUUUGGAGCGUGAAGUUGGAAAGCUGCAAGUGCUGAAUUUACAGAACAAUAAGCCUGUGCAGAUUGGUGAAUGGAGUCCUGGCACUGGAAUAGUUCUAAAUCAACCAAUGUCAGUAAACUUUGAAAAUAUCCUAUGUAAACAGCCGCUAUUAAAGGGGCAUACCCUGAAAAUCACUACUGUUGAGGCGCAUCCAUAUAUAAUAAGGUACAAGAAGGAUGAUGGCACAACAGGAUACAAAGGCUUUUGUAUUGACCUACUUAAUAAAAUAUCAAGUGAUCUAGGAUUCAAAUACAUCAUCGAAUAUUCACCUGAURAGAUGUACGGUGCAUUAAUCGAUGGUCGAUGGAAUGGAAUGAUUCGGCAAUUAGUCGACAAGAAAAGCGAUAUGGCCGUAGCAGCAUUGACAAUAACAGAGAGCCGUGAAAAAGCUGUUGAUUUUACCGUAGCAUACCAGCACUAUACAGACGACCUGAUUUUCUCCCGCCCUGAAGACGAGGACAACUUGUUUAUCUUUGUUGAUCCUCUUUCGCACUCCAUCUGGUUCUGUCUUGCUGGAACUGUAUGCUUCGUAGGGAUUGUGACCUUCCUCUUGAAUUAUUUCUGCCCAUAUGGAUGGAAAGACGAGAAUGGUAAAGGAACAGCUAAAGAGUUCUCGUUUUUUAAUAGUUUAUGGUUCUCGCUAGCUUGCAUUCUUCAGCAAGGAGCUGCUGAUCGUCCAAAGGCUUUGUCAGGACGCAUCUUCGCGGGGGUCUACUGGUUCUGUAUUCUUGUGUUUGUCUCGACAUACACCGCAAAUCUUGCUGCUUUCUUCACUGCAAAGAGUGCUGCAACGACGAUCAAGAACAUUCAGGACGUAAUAAAUUCCGAUUACAACAUAGGAGUUACAAUGGGAUCUGCUUUAUACUCCUUUUUUAUGAGAACCGAUUACGAAAAUUACCAGCAGUUAUGGUACAGAAUGAGGGCCAGGAACACGUUUCCAAACAAUACCAUGGAUGGCAUUGAAUGGGCAAGGAAUAAAAAAUACGUACACGUUGCAGAUGGACCUAUUUUGAAAUAUGCAGUAACCCAGAAACCYUGCAACCUCAUGACCGCACCAGGUCUCAGUACUCCAAAAGGACUUGCCUUUGCACUGCAACCSGGGAGCAUCUACACAAAGAACAUUACACUCAGUCUUCURCGCAUGCGCGAGAAGGGAAUUCUGGACGAAAAGCAAGACUACUGGUGGGUCAAACAGUCCAAAUGUCCUCAGUUGAAUGUCAACUCGUUAGAAAGUAAAAAGGUUCGGCUGAGAAACAUGGUUGGCGUGUAUAUAGUCCUGGGAGGGGGCACAGUUCUUGCAUUCAUCGUACUUAUCAUUGAGAUAAUAUGGAAACGUACAGCCGAAGAAAAAGUUGAAAAAUUCCGAGAGAAAACUACCAACAAACUAAUGAGAACAGCAAUUCAGCCUUUCUCUAAAAACAAUAACGACUCAAGAACAUGACCAUGUACUUAAUCUUCUUGGUAGGGAACUCACAGAACCGGAAUUAAACGUAUAGGUGCUGUACAAGCCAAUGUACAUUGUGUUAAAGUUUAGUAAYCUUAAGCAAGAUGUAGCUCAAGAGRCAGUGUAUCUUGAACAUUUGAUAAUCCGCAAUUUUYCCUGUAAAUAUAUUUGCCUUGUUUAUCUCAGUGUUAUAAAAACAAUAAAGCUGUAAGGCACGAGUGCUUUGUGUAUAAA